CGAAAACAAUGAAGCCAAUAAAGCAAGAAAUGUUGAUGUGGCAGAACAGAGUAGACGUAUUACAAGAAAAGGUGAAUGAGUUGGAAGCCUUGAACACCGAGCUUCGGCAACAAGUAGUGGAGCUUUCAGCACAGAAAGUUGAUCCAAUUCCUGGUACAUCAGUGGCACAUGAAGAAACUGGUGCUGUUGACCUAUCUAGUGAUGCGAACACAUCAACUGAUGUUGAGUCAUCAGUCACAGAAGAAUCAUGUGAUGAAUCCUUUUCAAGUUCAAGUUCAGAGACUCAUCAGAGAAGAAAAACAAAGAAAAGCAAGAAGAAAGCAGAGAGCAGGAAACACAAGAAGAACAAGAAGAAGGGGAAAAAAGAUAAACAUGACAAGAUAAAACGAGCCAACAAUGUUCGUGAUGUCAUAAGGCGUUAUAAAAGGCUUUUGACGCUGACAAAACGUGGAGCAACCAUGACAAAAGCAUUCCGAAAAGAAGGUGUGUCUCGGAAUGCAGUUGCCCAGCUCGCUCCCAUCGCAGAACUGUAUUUUGCUGACAAAGCACAAUUUAACAGCAUCCCCUUCACUCCAGGAAAACUAGCGGAGUUUGCACAAAAGUGCAAAGAACACAUUAUAGGAGAUGUUCUAAGAAAGGUCCUAUCAAUGAAAGCGAAAGGUUCACUUUUGCCUUUUUGUCUAAAUAAGUGAUCUGUUAAAAAGCUUCUUAGCUAUGUUCGCUGUUUACUAUAAGUAUGUUUAAAAAGUAG